AUGACGGUGGAGAAAUACGCUGCGCUGCCGCUUAACACCCUGACACUUAGCCAGAUGCUGGCUCAAGGGGAGGAGGCGCUUAAAGACCCCACUUUCAUGGUGCGCAAUGCACGGUUCGUGCAUCGGGAGAUGCCUAUUAGGCUGGCAAAACGGCUGAUGGAUCUGCAGUUCCUGCCGCACAUUGUCGUCAUCAACCCCCACAUCAAGCAGGUCUACGACUCCUACCGCCAGGCCUUUGACAUGCUCACUGCGUUUCCGGAGAUCAAGACUCUUGAAGACAACGUGAAAUUCACACAGAUGCUCACCAUGCUGGUGGACGACCACACACCCCUGCUGGGAGUGCUGGCACGGGGAGUGAGGGAGUGCUCCUUGCGGCCGCUAGUGGGAAGAGAGCUCGACCUGGAUCCCUUUUUGGACAACAUGCUGCGAUCGCGAAUCAGCCGCAGGGUCAUUGCAGAGCAUCACAUCUGCCUGCAGCAUCAACGGCCAGGAUUUAUCGGUGUCAUCUGCUCCCAGCUCUCAAUGCAAGCGGUGGUCGAAGCAGCGGUCAAGCAGUGCACGGACGUGUCUCGCCGCACGUUCGGAUUCUGCCCUGAGUUUGACGUGCAUGGGGAUGUGCAUUCCACGUUCGCUUACGUGCCCGCACAUAUCGAGUACAUGCUGUUCGAGAUACUCAAGAACGCAUCGCGAGCAGUGGUGGAGCAUCAUCUGAAGAGGGCGCACGAGGAGGGCAAGACAGCCUCUCAGGCGACCUUUCCUCCCGUUACAAUCACAGUCUGCAGAGGUCACAACGAAAGCACAAUCAAGGUGUCGGAUCAGGGAGGGGGGAUUGCGAACGAGCUAAAGGAGAAGGUGUGGAGCUACGGAUUCUCGUCUCUGGAUGAGGAUGCAGAGGCAGGGCCAGCUGCAGCUGCAGGCCCUCUCGACUCUCAUGGCAGCCCCAUGGCUGGACUGGGAUUCGGCCUUCCCCUCUCCCGACUGCACGCCCAGUACUUUGGGGGAGACAUCGAG